AUGGAGGCCAAGCUGGAUAGAAUCAGAAAACAAGCCAACUCCAAGUUGGCAAAUCAGAAACUGUAUGGUCAAACAUUGGUCGCUAUUGAAGAGACUAUUCGUGAGCAAGGAGAAGAGCUCUCACCCACCGCUUACUUUGGUGCUAUGAUGACUACAUUGCAAUCAUCUCAAGGAUCCACUGAAUUGGUUGGUGCUUUGCUUUAUUUGUUGGAUGAAGUUUUCCCUUUCCUCCCUCACUCUGUGCUUAGAUCAAAGUUUGCUGAUAUCAUCGCCAUCAUUGAAAAUGUAUUUGAACAACACAAGGACGAGCAGCCCAUUGUUCGCUCCAUCAUUGGUUGUCUUCAAGAGCUUUUAGCUGCUCAAGAUGCUCCCAACUGGUCUAUGCCUGUCACCAAGAAAGCAUUCCAACAAUUGCUCAUUUUGAGUGCUAAUGCUUCUCCCAAGGCCCGCAAGAGAGCUCAAGAUGCCGUUCGCAAUGUCUUGUCUAGACCACCUCCUCCUACUGCUAUUCACCCUGCUGCCGACAUGACAUCUGAAUUCAUCCUCAGAGUGUUGCAUGAGACCUCCAAAUCCGACCAACACGCCGCUCAGCAAAUGCUCGCUUUGCUUCAAACUAUUGUGCCUUACUGGCCACCUCAUAAAUUCUCAACUUUAUGUCAAACUUUGCUCCAACUUCCUAAAUUCAACAAUAUUUUCCUCACCAAAGCAGCCUUCGAUGUGUUUGAAGCCCUCUUCGAUGCUCAGGAAACUGAUAUGGAUACCGAGAAAUUUGCUGGAUUGAUUCGUGCUAUUUGCGAAUUGAAGCCUGCUGCUGUUGAUGAACGCCUCUUGCCUACUUGGCUUUUGAUCAUUGGCAAAGCUUUCCCCUCUUACGCCAAAUUAAACCCUGCUCAAUGUGCCAACGAUCUCGCUACUGUUUUUGCAUUGAUCUUCAACGAUUUCCAACAAGAUUCCAGAUGUCAUCGUCAAAUUGCCAACUGUCUCAGCACCUUGAUCGAAUAUUGUGUUACAGAUGACAUGGUUGAACAAGCAAGCGCUGGCCAAGCUAAUGGCCUUUUAGAAAUGAUCGGUUUAUUGGAGAAUGGUCUUGGUGUUCAUUUCCAAGCUGCCUGGGUACAUGUCAUGACGGUGCAACAAGCCAUGUUUAACAAGCUCAACCACUAUGCUGCUCCUUUGAUGAACGGUUGUUUAGCAUUGCUGGGUGAACUCCGUCUUUCUCCUUCUGAAGCCUACAAGGAACAACUCGACAAGACGCUUGGUGUUGCCAUCUCCACCAUGGGUCCUCAAUUCUUUUUGCAAAUCCUUCCUCUCAACUUGGAAAGCCCUACUUCCUCAAAUCAAGUAGGUCGUGCCUUUUUGCUUCCCUUGCUCAAGACAUAUACUACCAACACAACCCUCUCUUACUUUGUCAAUGUGCUGAUUCCUCUGGGUGAUAGACUCGCUCAAAAGGGAGAAGCUGCUGCUGCUCGUGAAUUGGAAAUGCAAGCCAAGGUCUACGAAACAUUAGUCAACCAAAUCUGGAGUUUAGCUCCUGGCUUUUGUGAUUUGCCUGUUGAUUUAAUGCGUGCCUUCAAUGACACUGUUGCUGAACGCUUCAGUUCUCUGCUCUAUACUCAGCCUGAUUUGCGUCCCACCAUUGCUCAAGCCUUGCAGCUCUUGAUUGAAAAGAACCAAGCUCUUGUCAAGUCCUCUGCGGACGAUGCUCAUCUGUUGAAGGCUUAUGGUUUGACCAAGGCUCAAGCUAGCCAAAACUUGGAAUUCAUGAGUAAAUUCGCCGUCAACUAUCUUGCCGUCUUUUUCAACGUCUUUAGUCAAAUCGCCCCUGCUUUCCGUGGUUUCAUGGCUGAAGUCAUCAAGUCUUACUUGACUGUUACUACAGCUGAAGAUAUCAAUACCACCUUCAAGAAGGUGCUUGGCAUGCUUUCUCAAGCAUUAGAGUCCAAUGAAACUGUCAUCAACGAUCCCUCCAUGCCUCCUCCCAUGUCUCAUACCAUGUUGGAUCUUGCUAUCAUCAUGAUUCCUUUCUUGGACCUCGAGUCAGCUCAACUCUUGUACAACGGUACAUUGCAAUCUCUCUUAUCAAAGGAGAGUGACCCUACUUUGCAAAAGAAGGGCUACAAGGUGCUUAACCAUCUCAUGCGCUGCGAUAACGGUCGCCAGGUAGUUGCUCAGCAUAUCGAGGAAUUACAAAACCACUUAUUGGAAGCCACUGGUAGCUGCACUGGUUCCGCCAAGAAGGAUCGUAUCAAGACUCUAAAGGAAGUCGUUGAACUUCUGCCUGCUACUGACCUCCACUUUAUUCCCGCUAUUCUCUCUGAAGUUGUGUUAGCUUCCAAGGACAACAACGAGAAGACGCGUAACUUUGCUUUUGAUUUACUGGUCAGCAUGGGUAACAAGAUGAAGGCCGGUGGUAUUGUCAAGAACAGCCGUCUUGAAGGCUUUGAUGAGUCUUUCCCUGAUGCCAAUGCUACUUUGGGCGAGUUCUUUACUAUGCUUACCGCUGGUUUAGCUGGUACCACUGCCCACAUGAUUGGCGCUACUGUGGGUGCUUUAUCUCGUGUCUUUUUCGAGUUCAAGGAUGAGUUGCCCGUCGAGUUGGCCUCCGAAUUAUUACAAACGAUCAACGUGCUUGCUGCUUCCAACAACCGUGAAAUUGUCAAGGCUGCUGUUGGCUAUGUCAAGGUCUGUAUUGUUGUGCUUGACAUUGGUAUUUUGCAACCUCAACUGGGCGACAUUGUUCGUUCUCUGCUCAAAUGUCAACACCAACACAAGAGUCACUUCAAGGUCAAAAUUAGACAUUUGUUUGAAAGAUUGAUCCGUCGCUUUGGAUAUGAGCCUGUCGCUGCUUUGAUGCCUGAGGAUGAUAAAAAGAUGAUUGUCAAUAUCCAGAAGCGUCGUUUGAGAGCCAAGAGAAGAAAGAACGCCAAUGCUGCUGAUGAUGAUAGCGACAACGAUGAAGAUGUCUCUGCCCGUGCUUCUGCCAAGAAGGGUGCCUUCCAAGAUGCUUAUGAAGAGGUCUUGUACGGCUCAGAAAGUGAAAUUGACGAUGAAGGCUCUGAGGAUGAGACACUCAAGACUGUCAAAGCUGCUGCCACUGCGCUCAAGCAACAAAAGAAAAAGAAGCAGGCUGUUUCCAAUGCAUUCAUUCGUGAAGAUGGUGAGGAUGGACCUCUUGAUUUCUUGGAUCGUUCUGCUCUGGGCCGUAUCUCAUCCAACAAACCUCAACAACGCAAGAUCAAGAGCAACAAGAACGCCUUUGCUGAAGGCGAUGAUGGUCGUCUUGUCAUUAAUGAGCCUACACCACAACAAGAAGCUGAAGAGGAAGCCGAAGAAGCUGGUGAAGAUUAUUACAUGCAACACAUGACAAAUCCUGAUGGCUUUACUCGUGAUAAGAGAAACAGAAUCAAGUUCAAGAAGGGCAAGGAUGCUGUGGAUGAUGCUAUGGAGGUGGAUGAUGGUGAAGAAGGAGCCAAGAAGCCAAAGAGACCCGUCAAGAAGUUUGAAAAAAUUGGUAAAGAAUUUAGAUCAAAGAGAGCUGGUGGCGAUGUCAAGCGUAAGGGCCAAAUGGAUCCUUUCAGUUAUGUUCCUUUGAACAAGGUCAUCAAGAAGAAGGGAAGACGUGACACCAAGAUUACUUAUACUGGUCGUGUCAAAAAGUAG